CAAGAGCGGCCUCAAAGGGCCCAAAAGGCUCCCAAGAGAGCCCCAAGACGGUCCGUAGCCAUUUUGGCUCAAGCCGUUUUUGCUCCAGGCUAGGCCAAGCAAGGCAUUGCACUAGCUGCUGCUCGUUCAAGCCAGUCGGUACCGCGGGGUCGACGCCAUGAUCCUGGACCUCGGCUGCAUGAAGCUGCCCUUCGAGGGCGACUUCAACACAAUCAUGAUAUUCACGGGGUUCGCGUCGGCAUGCAUCUCGACCACCUUGUUCUUUAACUUCGUCACCCCGAAGGGACCUGCACUGGGGGCAGGUACCCCCGAGCAAGUUGUUGAUGCCUUCGGCAAGACGAUGAUCGUGCAGGCCGUAUGAUGCAUCAUCUACUACAACUACGUGGGCGCUUAGGUUCUGGGCGUGUUCCUCUCAGGCCCUUGGGCCAUGCUCGACGGGAAGAAGCAGACAGAGAAGUGGUGAGCGAACGCCUCGCGUUUCGCGGGCAACCAGUUUGAGCAAAGCUUUGUUUUCAUCCCGUGUCUGUGGAUGUACGCAGGGCUCGUUGAUUACGAGACGGCUUGGACCCUUGGCGUGUUGUAUAUCAUUGGCCGAAUCCUGUAUCCUCUCUUUUACGUUGUCCACGGGAGGUUCACUUUCUUCUUCGAGCACAUCACCCAGGUUGGCUAUGCAGUCAACGGCACGUUCAUAUUGGGCGCACUGAUCAGGGGGGCGAAGUGGGACUACGUCGAGUUCUCAAAAGAUCACAACAUUCUCACGCAGAUCUUGGGUGCAUGCCUCGGCGUCUUCACCCUUCUGCCGGGGGUCGGAAUCACUAUCCCUUGGUUCAUCGCGCACACCGUGAUGGACCGCAAGCGUGCCCAGGCAUACUCGGCAUCGGUCACUCCAGGCGACGCCUGACCAGGGCAAUCGUGUAUUCAUCCUUUUCAUGAUUUUCCGCCAGCCGCCACAGAAAAAUGUCGGUCGGCCGAGCUUCCAUAUCAUUAAUGUGAUAUCCCUGCACGUGCUCAGGCUAUCCAGUCCUCGAUGUACUCGCCUGCAAAGCACGCGGAUGUUGGGAGCAGCUCCAAGGGUUUUCCGUAGCAGCCACUGCACCUCGGCGCGGCCCGGGACGCUCUGCAAAGCGUUAUUUUUGUUGCUUCGACGCCCUGCCAGGUCGGCGAGUAUUCCGUGGCCGCGGGGCCGAGGCCAGAACAGGCAGUAACGAAACAGGCACUGCAGCGCAGCGACGAGCAAA